GAAAGAGGACUGUUAAAUUCACAAGGAAAGAACAUAAAACAUGCACAAGAAAUAAUGCGAUUAUUAGAAGCAGUCCAGAUGCCUGAGAAGGUAGCAAUUAUGCACAUUAAGGCACACGAGAAGGUGAGCUCAGAAUUGGAAGAAGGAAAUGAGCUGGCGGACAGAGAGGCAAAAGAGGCAGCAAAGGGUGAGAUAGCAAUUGAGGCAACCUUGAUUCCAGACGGACAGAUAUCCCUUGAAGUCUUUUACAGAAAAAACCCUCGAACCACAGUGGGAAGGACCAUUCCAGGUGCUACUCACUACCUUCACUGCAAUUAAGAUCAAGGAACAGAGCGCUUGGAUCCACCAUUCUCGGGUGAAGAAAGCUCCAGAAGCUCCUUGGAAAGUAAUAUCUGGUGAUAACGGACUAAAGCUCAAGUUUAGACGAACAAAAUGAGCAUAUUACAGUUAGGGGUGUUCGGUGAUUCAGGACGUAGAAAUUUAAUUGUUUUGUUUGUAAAUAUAAUUAUAUUCCAAGAAUUGAAAAGUACCUUUAGCCAGAGCAAUGUUGAAUGGCCUUGGUCCCAGGCUUUUGUUAAGUCUACCGGAUAUAUGGGGAAGGUACAAAAUUUGAACUUGUCAACUGUAGUCAUGCAUGGAAACCAGGUAUAUGAAAAGCAAGAAUGGCAGAAACAAGGGUUGUGGUCACUUCAAGGGACUGUAGGAGAGACCAUCAGAAUAGGAUGUCGAAUGAUUAAUGGAACUACCCAUGAGAAACCAGCUCAAAUUAGUGUGUCAUCUCCCCCUGAAAAUGGACAUAAUGAGAUUUGUAAGCAACGCAGUGAGCCAGAUUGUUGGUAUAAUUUUACAUUAGAUAGGACUGUUGAGGUGGUAUGCCUUUGGUCUCAUAGAGGUCUUGGGCUCUCAUUUAAAUUUAGAAUAAAUGCCAUAACCGAACCUGUUCAGAUUCAGACUCAGAGUACGCCACUCGAACUUAAACUUAUGAUUUAUGAGGUAGGCCCAUACAUAGUGAGAAAUACAGGACAACAGCAAUUAUUAUUCAACCCAGAAUGGUCUCUCAAGCAUGUUGAAUUGCUAAUACAAACCAAUAUUUCAGAGAUUCAACCAGCCUGUUCCUCCUUCCUAAAACCAUCCCUAGAAGGGUGGACAACAUGGUUACAGAAGCAAGUACACUUUAGGGAUAGGAUGCGAAGAGAUUUAACGGGAAUGUUUGGAACAGGAUUAGGAGUAUUGAAUGGCAUUGACUCUGAAAUGCUAGCAAAUAAGCUAGCAACUGCAACAAAUGAUUUGACAAAACUGGGACAACCUCUACAAUCAUCUUUAUUGGCAUUAGGAAAUAGUCAGUGGCAGGUUUCAAAGGUGUUACCAAACUGGGCAAAGACUGAGAACCAGGACCAUAAUGUAAUAAUAGACGCACUUAGCACGGUUCAAGAUAAUGUGUCUUUAGCUUUCAGUUAUUUAGUGUAA